CCAAGUUAUUCUGUCACUUCGCAUUCUGUCCUACAUUCGUUCAUUCCAGGCCCCAGAACCCUAAACCCUGGGAAUCCAGUUUGGACUGUCUCUCGAGGAUCAACGAAGUGCCCGUACUCGUUUCUUCAAUCGGGGAUCGCGAGGAGGACUGGGGAGCGUGUAGUUCCGUGUUGGUUAAGUGCCCUGCGUCUUGCGGAUUUGAAUUUUUUUGGAGGAUAUAAUUGAUUAGAAGCGCAAGGCAGUUCUGGUAGUCGUGAAGGUGUACAUCUUGUUUGUGCUGCCGCUGCGAAAAUGGGGAAUGCGAAGACGAAGAAAACUCGGAAGUUUGCGCAAGUGAAACGUAUGCUUACGCCGAAGGCUGUCCAAACGUAUAAAGCAGAAAUAAUAAACCCCAAUAAGAAGGAAGACAAGAGCAAGCUUCCGAGAAAUGUACCGAAUGUUUCUUCUGCUCUUUUUUUCAAGUACAAUACCGCAUUAGGGCCUCCUUACCAAGUGCUUAUCGACACCAACUUCAUCAACUUUUCUAUACAGAAUAAGCUAGAUCUGGAAAAAUCAAUGAUGGACUGUCUCUACGCUAAAUGUACUCCAUGUAUCACUGACUGUGUCAUGGCAGAGCUUGAAAAGCUUGGUGAGAAGUAUCGAGUUGCGCUGAAGAUUGCGAAGGACCCAAAAUUUGAUAGGCUACCAUGUACACAUAAAGGCACAUAUGCUGAUGACUGUCUUGUACAACGUGUCACUCAGCACAAAUGCUACAUUGUUGCAACGUGUGAUAGAGAUUUAAAACGGCGCAUACGCAAGAUUCCUGGUGUUCCCAUCAUGUACAUUACUCAACACAAAUACUCGAUAGAAAGAUUACCUGAGGCCACGCUGGGUGGUGCGCCAAGGAUGUGAUGAGAGGUACAACCGUCUGCCUUCGAGUUACAAGACCUCAAUGUUUUCCCCAAGGCUGAGGUGGGGCGGCGAGAGACCGAAGUAAAUCACUGGCCGAAUUGUUCGAUUCUUAGGAGUUCGUCUAUCCGAGCAAAGCUGGAUGGAGUAGUCUGUCAAGUAGACCCUAUCGAGUUCUAACCAGGUCAUAGAAAACUCAGUGUGACUUGAAAUGCAUGCUAGAAGUGAAUGAUAUCGACAAUGUUCAUAUAUAUAUUACAGAAGUUGGUGAGCUUCAGUGUUAGUCCUAGGCUGUAUAUUACGGACACUAUCUUUGGCAGUCCAUAGGAGCCAACGCUGUCGUCUUAGUUACGCACCAUCCAUUUUUGGUCAAUUCCGUCACAAGAAGCAAUAAAAUAUCCUUGAAUUCGCAAUUUUUUCUGCCAAAAUAUCUCCAGCUGACAGGACAGCAGUACGCUCUUUCGAUGUCCGGCUAUCGAGUGUCUCACCUAACAGGAGUCUGUAUGGGUUCUACAAAAACAAUUCUGGAGCGAUCAAGUUAUUCGUGUCUUUUGGGGUUCUUUAGUCCUGGAAGACGAUUUAGUCGAGUAUGAGAUCGAAUUGCCUACCGACUUGAGUUUAUCUUGCUGGUCAGGUGCGGAUGUGCAGGUGGACGGCAAGAGCACGAAGUGUCGUGUUGAACUCACCGGCAUAAGGUACCUUGCUUUACGGACGGCCUCCUUGCCGAACUGUCUUCUGACUUGGGUACGCAAGGCUCAUAAAGUCUUUACUGCUAAGACAGCUUUCUGUCUCUUUCACUUUCAGCCUCCGUAUUCGACAUGAUGUACCCAACGUAGCAACGGAAGUCUUUGUAACACGGACAAUCUCUUCUUGUCAUGUGCCUGAGCAGACGCACUCGAGUAGCUGCUUCGGGAGCUACGGGGAAUGAGCGAUGCUUACCUCAGCCCUAGGGGCUUGCCCCUAGUUGUGUGCAUC